AUGGCCUCUCUUCCUCGCAAAGAAAUCCAAUCUCUAUCUGAUCUUCAUCCAAAGCCGGAGAAUGUCACUUUCCAGUAUGGUACAGCCGGAUUCAGGACAUUGGCAUCAGUAUUGGACUCUGUCCUAUUCAGAGUAGGCAUCAUCGCUGCGCUGCGAAGCAAGAAACUUGAUGGCAGGACCGUCGGGGUAAUGAUAACGGCGUCCCACAAUCCUGAGGAUGACAACGGCGUCAAGAUAGUUGAUCCGCGAGGUGAGAUGCUCGAAGCUUCGUGGGAAGGACACGCCACUGUCCUGUCCAACGCUGUGACAUCGGCGGACUUUGUCUCUGCUCUAGAGAGUUUCGUUCAAACAGCUAAAAUCGACUUGUCGAAGCCAACUCGCAUCGUUUACGCGAGGGAUACGCGACCGUCUGGGCCGGCGCUUGUAGCCGCUCUGGAGGAUGGUUUCAAGGCCAUUGGUGCCGAUGCGAGGAACGCCGGUGUUACUACCACUCCAAUUUUGCAUUACUUGGUCCGAGCUAUCAACACCAAGGGCACAGAAGAGUCGUACGGGGUCGACUCCGAACAAGGUUACUUUGAGAAGCUCAGUGGUGCUUUCAAGAAACUUGUCGCUGGGAGGCCCACACCGCCAACGUUGCUCAUUGAUUGUGCUAAUGGUGUCGGUGCCAUUGCUGCCUCACAAUUAUCUCAAUACCUGGGCGACACCCUUCCAUUUUCUUUGGCGAAUACCGCGACAACCACACUUGGAGUCUUGAACAAGAACUGUGGUGCAGAUUUUGUCAAGACGACCCAGAAACUCCCUCCGUCGUUAGCAGACAAAUUGCAGCCUGGUGAACGUGCCUGCAGCCUUGACGGUGAUGCUGAUCGCCUAAUGUACUUUUAUCUCGAUGAACGUGGCCAUUUCCAUAUGCUCGACGGGGACAAAAUCGCGGCGCUGGUUGCUGCUUUUAUUGUCGAUUUCGUGAAACUUGCGGGUCUUGAAAACGAGAUCAAGGUCGGCAUCGUGCAAACAGCUUAUGCCAAUGGAGCAUCGACAAAAUACCUCCUUGAACGUCUUCCUGUCAAAUGUGUACCUACUGGCGUGAAACAUCUGCAUCAUGCCGCGGAGCACUAUGACAUUGGUGUGUACUUCGAAGCCAACGGACAUGGCACAGUUCUCUUCUCGGACACUACGUUGGCCACACUGAAAUCACAUCAACCUCUGUCGCCUGCCCAGUCCGGAGCUCUAAAACACUUGAUCAGCUUGACUGAAUUGAUCAAUCAGACGGUUGGAGAUGCACUUUCCGAUAUGCUUCUCGUUGAGGUCGUCCUUGCCCAUAAAUCGUACACCGGUGUCGAAUGGGACUCGCUCUACGCGGAUUUGCCUAACCGCCUUGUCAAAGUAGUCGUUGGUGACCGGAAUACCUUCCUUACAGAGGAUGCUGAACGACGUUUAGUGAGCCCUCCGGGACUCCAGCAAAAGGUUGAGGAGCUAGUCAACUUGUACCAAGGUGGCCGUUCCUUUGUACGCCCUAGCGGCACGGAGGAUGUGGUUAGAGUAUACGCCGAGGCUGCUAUACGGGCUCAAGCUGAUGAACUCGCGUUCAGAGUCGCCGGACUCGUCUACGAUGAAGCUGGUGGGGAUGCUGCUCAGCGACCCAAAGAAUUUUUGUAAAGAUGGGAGGUACUGUCAAUC